AUGCGAUAUAUCAACUACAACACUAAUGGGCAAAUUUGGGUGUUUAUUAAAGAAGGUACUAGUGUAGGUGUUAUCUCAGACACAAAGCAACAAUUGACAUUGCAGUUAACUCUAGAUAAUGGGUAUCAGUUCAUGGUCACCAUGGUAUAUGCUAAAUGCACAGCUUUGGAAAGAUUAUGCUUAUGGGAGGAUUUGUACACUAUUGGGCUCGACUUUUCAUUGCCUUGGAUGGUUGGAGGCGACUUCAAUGUUAUUAUGGAGGAAGAUGAGAAAAUUAGUGGACUUCUUGUGUAUCCACAAGAAUAUGAAGAUUUUGCAUUGUCUAUUAAUUCCUGUGAAUUAUUUGAUCUUCAUUUCAUAGGUAAUCCUUUUACUUGGUGGAAAGGUAAAUCAGAUGGAGAAUGUAUAUUCAAAAGGCUGGAUAUGGUGGUAAUUAACCAGGCCUUACAAGAUUUGUUUGGUCACUUGGAGAUUCAACAUCUAGCUCGAACAGGAUCAGACCAUGCAAAUCUCCAAUGGAAAUUGAGACUAAAGAAGACCAAAUUAGCUUUAACUAGGUGGAGUAAAGCUAAGUAUGAGGACAUUUUUAAGCAAUUGUUGAUCAGAGAAGAAAUUGUUAAAGUGAAAGAACAUUUAUUUGAAGAACAUCUUACAUCUCUGAAUAAUAGGGUUCUCCGACAGGCUCAGGAAGAAUACAACCUAUAUUUGUACUAUGAAGAAGAGUUUUGGAGACAGAAGGCAAGUAUUCAAUGGUAUAAUGAGGAGGACAAGAACACUAAAUUCUUUCAUAGACUGGUAAAGGGAAGAAGGAAAAGACUAGCUCUGCAGAGAGUGCUAAGAUCAUAUGGCACUUGGGCAGAAGGGGAGGAGGAGGUUUUAGUAGAGGCAGUAAAUUUUUUCCAGCAUCAGUUUAUUGGAGUGAUUGUAGAGAGGAUCUUAAUUUAA